AUGGUCAACGAAGCGAUCUCCUUCGCAUCUGGAGCAUUUCCAACACCUCCACGUGCAUCUAGCCCUACGCUCAGUGAGGCUGAGUGCGACCUGCACGCUCAAUUGGCUUCUUCUUUUGGUAGUAAUAGCGAUCCUCGGACAUGUCUCCAAGAUCGGAGGCCCCUUGCAGAAGGCAACCCUUUCCGGGAGGGCGUACAUGAACUUCCAGCUGAGGGCGGGGAGUUGAUUGAUACUGAGAGCCAGCCCCGGAUAGAUCCGGUCGAUGUCGUACUACCUGACACUCCACCUCCAGUCGUCCCUCGCAAAUCCAGCAGGCGACAAUCGGCUGCCAGGAAGACAAUCGGAGUUGACUGCCUGCCACAUAACCACAUCGCUUCGCAGAUGAUGCAACAGUGCUCCCGAUCGAGCACAGCAUUGACCCUUAUGAUUCCGCAGUUUAAGAGAUCAAGUGUGGAUCUAGUAUUCUCUUCGCCUCCUGUUGCAACGCACGACGCCCAGCCGACUAUUACGCCUGCUGGAGCUGAGAAGGUUAUACUCAGUAUUUUCCAACACCUGGACCACUUCAAUGAUCUUUUUGCCGCGGCUCUUGUUAACCAAGGCUUCUAUCGUGUGUUCAAACGCCAUGAACUCGACCUCAUCAAGUCUACCCUGCGGAAGAUGUCGCCGCCAGCCUGGGAGUUCAGGGAAAUUGCCUUUCCCGGACACGACCAUCUACAUGCAGAAGACCUGGAGACGACACGACCUGAAGAGGAAUACAACCCCGCGUCAUAUCUCAAGCUUCAGAAGCAAGACAUCCAAGUCAUACGUGCCAUCAAAUCAGAGAUCUUAGAGAAGUGUCAGUCUUUCGUUCGACCGGAAAUAUCGGCUGCGCUCGUGAGUGCAUGUCCAGCCGAGUCGGCCAGGGUUGAUGACGCUUUGUGGCGUAUCUGGACGUUCUGCAAGAUAUUUGGCUCAGGAAAAGGACGUGAGGAGGAUAUCGUUGCCCAGACGGACUGGCUCAAUGGCGGUAUGCUAGUGCACCAGGCGACCUGCACCUUCAGCAUCAUGAGCACAGAUUUCAUGAGCGACACAAUGGUCGGUGCACCGGAGUGCUUUGGGCAAGGGAAUGUAGGUGGUUUGGCCGCCGAACAACUCUUUGACAUGAUGGAACUAUGGACCUGCCUCUCGGUUCUGCUUCAGAAUUUCGAGGGGCGCACUGUUCAGGCUCGACAAGCUGGCAUCUACGACAACACUGAUAUUCGAGGUGGCGAUAUUGAUGGCGAAGAGAUGAUGCUUAACGAGUGGAUCUAUUAUCUUCUUACCUUCGGCCUGGACACUGUCGUUAGGCUCACUGGCCCAUAUCACCCCUCGGAUCCAAGAGCCUUCACUAUUGCAGCUGAGAAAGGAUGGGUGAACUGGAAGCCCCCUGUGCUUGAUGGUACCCGACAACACUUCCUCAAAGAAGCAGCCCGACGCGUGUAUGAAGACAAGAUCGCGCACAAGUACGCCAAAAUAUCUAUCCGCGAUGUACAGCGCCAGCAGUCCAAGAUUCGUAUUCAGAAACACAUACACGAUCUGCAGCAUCGUAAGAAGAGUGGUGAGCCUCGGCCAAUGAUUCGUAUGUCCCAGGAAAGGCCCAUGUCAGAGUGGGAUACUGUCAUUCGAAAUUUGACACGACCGCCGCCUCCACCCCAAGGCCCAGGGAAUGAGAUCAUCACGCAUGUUCCAGCCCUGAGAUCAGCUUCUGCAGAGGAAGUGGCAACAUCUGUACCUCUUCCCGCUUCCAGGUCAACGUCCAGCAGAACGUCCUCACCGCCUCGUCGAGUUGUUGCUCAGCCGCUGCUUCCAACACCUCCACCCUCAACAGUACCUAGUAACCAUGAUCGACGUAGUGUAACUUCUGAUCUACCAUCCAUUGAAGAACAACCACCGUUGCCGCCACGCCGGACAGUAGCGCAGCCUCUUCUCCCAUCCCCUUCAGCAUCAACGGUACAGAGUAACCGUGAUUUGUACACCAUGGGCAGUGUAUCAAGCGUGGGCUCUCCACCCCGUCGUAUGUUUGCUCAACCGCUUCUACCAACACCGUCACCCACAACGGUGCCAAGUAACCGUGACUGGUAUCGCUACAGCACGGGCACCUCAAUGCCUUCUAUUCUUGAAGACCCACUCCACCAUCCUCUUUCAGAACCGCCCGGCCCGCCUCACCCCGCGUUCCGACCUCAUCCCAUGUCAUUGCCUUACAGCGAGCGCCACAUGCGUCAAGGCAGUCAGUCCUCUGGAAGCUUCAGCUCCAGAAGCGUGGCCCUCCAACAACACGAACAGCAGCACCACAUUUUUGGAUCCCGAAGUCAUGAGAAUACGGCCGACAAAGCGAUAUAUCGCAUCGUGGAAAUGGGGUUCACAGCCGACCAGGCGAGAGAAGCGCUAAGAUUAACUGAUCUUGGCGACGGAUUGAGGGUCGAUCGGGCGGUCGAGUUCUUGCUCAGUCGGCAGGCCUGA